AUGACGGAGACCCUGUCGAAGGCUUCCGUGGACAUCUUCCACUUCGCGGUGGUGUUCUUCACCGUGUUCCUCAUUUACACGAUCUCGGGCAUGCUGCUGUUUGGGCAGGAGCUCCUGAUGUUCUCCACCACGGAGCGGGCCCUCGACGCGACCUUCAAGAUCGUGAUGGGCGACUUCGACUGGGAAGAGAUGAGGCGCAUCGGCAGACUCGAGGCGUGGAUCUGGUUCGUGACCUUCAUGUUGCUGGUGAACCUCAUCAUGCUCAACAUGUUGAUUGCUAUCAUCAUGGACGUCUACGCCGAGGUGAAGAGCUCGCUUCCCGCCGACGCGGACACGCUCUGGUCUCAGCUGUACGAGGUCAUCGAUCGAAAAACGGCCGUGUACUACUACGGCACAAGAGUCAGCUUGAAAAGUAUCCACGCGAACCUGCACCUGCGAGAUGAUGACGAGAGACAGAGCAAGGACGAGGACAGCAAGGAGCCGCACGACCUCGACAUCGUUCGGUUCAUAGUCAUGGCUCCGGAGGACGGGGACGAGUUCAAGGAGAUCACCUUCGCCUUCCACUUCAAGGCAGACGACGGCAGCGUGGAGUUCGAGCUGGACGACUUCUCGGGCGAGCUCUACGUCAAGUCGGUCAGCGAUUCGGGCUCGUCCAUCGCCGUCCGGCUCAUGGAGGACGGCACCGAGUACGACAGGAAGUCGGACGAGGCCAUCUUCCAGCCUUGCUACGAGAGUUACCAGGUGAUCCGCGUCCUCUGGGGCCCGGUGCAGGCCACGGACGGCCAGGAGAUGGUGGACGCCAUCGAGGCGGCGAGGGCGGCCAAGGCGCCGGUGAGGAUAACGAUCAAGAAGUCCGGCGGGGAGGCGAUCGAGGGUACGCACGACAUCGAAGGCCUCACGAACACGCUGAGAAAGAUAAAAGUCUCCAGCUAUCAGGCCAAGAUUGUGCUCGAGGCCGCGCUGAAGCACGCGGAAGCGGGCCUCACCAACGGCUCCUCCAUCUCGGAGAACAACAACCGGAUCGCCAAGGUCAGCGACACGCUCUGGGAGGUCCAGGUCCUGGCGAGGGGCAACUGGGACCUGGUGGAUCGGGCCGCGGGAGCCGCGCCCCCCGGGCACCCUGCCGCGCCCCCUGUCGUCCGAGCCGCGCCCGGCGGGCGGGAGGACCUGGAUGAGAGCCACAGGGAGAGCGACGACUACGAGAAGGAGCAUGUCCACUGGGCGAUGCCCCGGCGGGCCGAGCAUGGGUGCCGGCUGGGGGCCUGCAAGGCGUCGCCCCCCGCCACAGCGUCGCCUGCGCGCCCCCUGGUUGGCCGUUGCCGCGGCCUCCAGGACGCGAUGGCGGACAUGGACCCUGCACUGCCCCCGCUCUCCCCGCCUGGCCGCCGAAGCGGCCGCCUCUCGGCCGAGGGCGCGGGGGCACGCGGCGGCGCGCUGCUCGGAGGGGACUGGGGGCACGCGAUGGCGAGCUCCAGCAGCACAGCGCAGCUCCACGCCGACAGCGAGAAGAAGCUGAGCGAGUGCUUGGAAUCCCUGAAGGGCAUGACGAGGGUUCUGCAGACCCUCCAGCAGCACAAGCGCUCCGAGGCGGAGGCGCGGGCGUCGGGCAAGGAGGGGCGGCGGGACACCAAGAAGAAGAGUGCGGCAGGGAACUCGCACACGCCCCUCAGCAUGCUGAAAAACGAGGACCGGCUCGAGAAGAUCAUCCGGGGCAAGGACCCAAAGAACGAGGCGCCGAGCCUCAACCACGUCAAGCGGUACGUCCAGACGGAGCUGGAGCAGGCCGAGGCGUGCUGCGCGCUGCCCUACGUGAUGCUGCUGCUCGCGUUCUUUUGCGCGGCCGCGUUCAGCCACUUGCAGCCCGAGGUGCUGCACCACGUGGACAGGGCCUUCAUCUGGGACCUGGAGGAGAACGCAAACUUCGCCUUCGAGGGCAACACCCCGUUCGAGGACGGGCGGUUCGGCCACAAGUCGAUCGCGACGUCCCCGCCUCGCACGCGAGGUCGUGGGUGA